AUAGCCCCAGCAUCUCUGGGAUUGCCCUGUCAGUUAUGAAAGUAAAAAACUUACUUGAGCCCCAGCACCUCUUGCACUACAAAUUAAGCACCGAGGCUCAUCUAUUAACAACACUCUUCCUGGGGCUUACCUUUAAACUUACUUUUGGGCUUACCCAAAUGCUUCAGCUAGUUCAAAAUGAGCAGGACAGACUGAGAAGAACAUGUUACACCAGUGCUCUAUACUGGCUGCUAGCUGUAAUUCAAGGUCCUGGUCGCAAACUAAAAAGAUUUUAGGUGUUCGGGUCCCCAUUAUCUCAGAGGUUGAGAUAUGUUUUUGGAGGAAGCAUUUUGGCAAUCUGUCUCACAAGGGUAUGAAGCCAAUGACAGUGAGGGACAGGGCUUUCUUAGUAGCAGAUCCUUGCUUUGGGAACUGACUCCCACUAAAUAUCUGAGCCUGAAUCCAGCAAACUUUACAGCACUCUGUAAGAUGAAUGUCUUUGUUUAGGCUUUUUAAUAAAUGCAGUUCCAUUAAUAGUAUCUAGGUCACCAAUUAGGUUUCCUAAUUUAGGUUUCUGCACAAAAUUGUGUUGCUUAUGCUGAAGACAUAGAGUAUAUGUUGCCAAAAUACCUCCGGGGUAGAAUGUAGGAUUAGCAGAGGAAAGAUCUUUUUUAAAAGUCACAGGGAAAUAUCCCAUGUGGAUUGUGAGGCUAUAUUAGUUAGCCCAUUCUUUUCUGCUGGAGGCACCAGGCAGAGAGGUGCACAACCAAAGUCCAUUAUAGGUUUUUGUAAGCAGAGCUGAGGCCAAAUGCAAAGGAGCCAUUCUUCACCUGGGGGUUUUGUCUACAAUAGCAUUUUUCUUAAAAUUUCCCAAGGGUGGGAAUAUCUACAGCAUUGCUUUAAUAACAACACUGGCAUGCCAGGAAUUAAAUCAGUCCAACAGAAGUUUAUAGAUACUAACAGAAGAAUAAUACAACUACAAUAUCAAGCCUCACUUGCAUUUAAUGUCAAAUGAUCCUACUCUAUUCAUUUUAUGAGCUGUAGUGGGGGCACGUAUCUCGCAAGGAUAAGUACAUCAAGUGAUGACACACAGGGAUAAAUUAUGUGACUUCAAAUACUAUGUUGUGUGUGUGAGAGAGUCGUUAUGCUCAUUGGCACAAGUGAGAGUGAAUGAGAAGAUGCCAGCCAAGGAAAAAAGUGAGGAGGCUGCCAGGCUGGGCAGCUAUUGCAUGUGUCCUCCUUAAGCUGGAGAAGGCAAGGGACAGGACAUUGGAACAUUUACCCAGUGGACUGUCGCAGCAUGACUGCCUCUCCACUCCACCCCACUUUUUGAUCCAUAACCAACAAAAUCCAAAUCCCACAGUCUUUUGCUGAUGGUGGGUCAUGGGAUGAUUUUUUUCAGCUAUUUUAUGACUGAAUAAAGCUUCUGAACCACCAGUCUUCACACCCAUAGGGAGCCCCCUAAACCAGCAGUUCUCACACAGUCACUGGGAUCCAGCUGGAGCCCAGGUAAGUGAAAGAAGUAGCUUGUUGCCUGCAACUCCUUCUAUAGCUGUGGCUGCAGUGGCCGUUGCCUUUGCCCUUAUUCCACUCCUACCACCCUUCAUCCAGUCUGAGAAGUGCUGUUCACUUUGCCCACAAGGUUUGGCUCUGAAACAGGGCUCAGAUGGGGCCGUAAUGGAGCUGGCUUUGUCACCCCUUGUAGUAGUGGCAUUUUUCAACCCCUGGAGCUGAAUACCACUUUUCAAGGAGCGGCACUCCGGCCCUUUGGGGGCAGCUCUUUUCAAGGGCUAGCAUUCUCCCCUCCCCACUCCCCCCCGCUUAGGGCGGCAAAAAACCUGGAGCCAGCCCUGACCCCAGGAGUACCAAUGUCCCCCUCACUCCACAAGCCACCCAUGCCAGGAGAACCAGCCCCACCUCAGGCUAGCAGCCUUCCUCACCCCCAUUCACUUAGGGCCGCGUCUGACAAGCUCCAACCACCCCCAGAUUUUGUCUGACAACUCUUACAAUGGCUGUGACCCUAACUCUACCAUCCUUUGGAUAUGUCAAGGCUGCCUCAAGUGACAGCAGAGCCCUCAUGCCCACAGAAGGGCCCUAACUGGCAGUGGGAUCCUUGCACCCAUCCUGAUACCCUAAGCCUUUAAGCAAUAGUGAGGCUCUCCCCACCAGAGUGUGCCCUUAGGCAGCUCUCAGCCACGUAAGUAGAAGCCUUGAAAUAGGGAGGCAACACUAGCACUGGGUGGGGCCAGCUGCAGCUGCCACUCACCCAGCCCCAUUGUGAGGUGACAGUUGGGGUGAGGCAGGACUGGCUCCAGAGAGUGGCUGGGCGGGGCCUGGUCAGGCAGGCCCUAUAGGGAUCAGCAGAGGGCCCCUCUCUGGCUGCAAGCAGUGAGUGGUUUAUGUGUGGGCUGCUCAAGCCAGGGGGUUGCUUGCAGGCCUCAUUGUCUGUCUCUCCCUUCUUCACUGAUCUUUCUCCCCAGAAAAUGCUUGGCCUUCAAGUCAACCUCAGCCCGCUGCUGGAGCCACUUGGCUUCAUUAAGGUCCUUGAGUGGAUUUUUUCCAUCUUUAUUUUUGCCACCUGUGGAGUUUAUAAAGGUACAACUACAAUUUUAGUUUCUUGUAAAGGUGUUGUGAACAAAACAGUUACAGCUGCUUUUGCUUAUCCAUUCAGGUUGAAUACAGCUGUGUUUAGUGCACCAGAUCCGACACGAUGCAGUGGCACUUGGACUGACUUUCACCUUGUGGGCAACUUCUCCUCUUCUGCACAGUUCUUUGUUACUUUUGCAGUCUUGGUAUUCCUUUACUGUAUUGCUGCCCUUGUACUAUAUGUUGGGUACAUGCACCUGUAUCGGAACACUGGCAAAAUCCCAUUGAUUGACUUGGUUAUUACUGUCAUGGCUGCUUUUCUGUGGCUGGUCAGCACUUCAGCCUGGGCUAAGGCACUUACUGAUAUAAAAAUAUCCACUGGUCCCAGCAUUGUUCAGGAAAUUGCAUCUUGCAAAUUACCAGGAGUAACUUGUUUGUUUGCCUCUGUUACCAGCAUGGGAACUCUGAAUCUGUCUGUGGUUUUUGGAUUACUUAACAUGAUUCUGUGGGGAGGAAAUGCUUGGUUUGUAUACAAGGAGACCAGCUUGCAUAACCCAUCAAACUCCACUCCCCAAAGCUCAGGAAUCUAUCCACCAACAACAGGAAUAUAAUUAGUAAGCUGAUGAGGAUACUUCAUAAAGAGCAUCCAUUUUGCAUCCUACUGCCAACAACUUAGCGUCACUGCAGUUUAUUUUUGUAGUAACUAAUAGUUUAAACAAAUUAAUGCUUUGUACUUAAAGCAUGUCUCACAGAAAUAUGGAUGUAAAUUUUCAAGCAUCUUACACUGAAAUAUAUUAUGACUCUAAAAUGAGUGCAGUUUCUUCAUUUAAAAAUGUUCAGACCCUCCUAAGUAUCUUGGCAAAUACUCCCUCACACAUACACACCUUUUCAGGAAGUGGUUCUAGUUAACAUUUGUGGGAAGAAACUGAUUUGGAUUCUGUAAUGUGACUGAUUUCUCAAUUGAAAAAACUACUUAGCUUAGGAUGUUUGGAAUUCCAAUAUUAAAUUUGUCAUUCAGAGGUUACCUACUAAUAACUUUGCACAGAUAAGCUUUCUAAAAAAUUUAGUCAUAUCUGGUAGCAUGAUUCUGGCAUCAUUCUGUAAUUUUCUUGUAUAUUGUUGGUGUGGGGGGGGGGGUUUUGGGGGGAGGAGGGGGAAUCUAGUAUAGACAGUUCAAUGUCUGUCUGCAAGUACAACAUUAGAGACUUGGGUGUUUACAUGUUCACUGUAACUACUGCAUAAUUUGGGACAAUCUCCAAAAACACUUAGUAAAGCUGCAAGUCAAACUUCUGUGGCAUAAUUUAGGAAUAGAAGAGUUAAGAAAUUAGGUUGGGUGGGGGGUGUUUUUGUUUAAGUCUGAACUAUAAAGCAUUGUUGUAAGUUUGAGAGAUACUGUAGACACUAACGCUGACCCCCAUCAGUAAACUUAUUGUUUUUGAUUCAUGGAAAUGAGUCCAAACAGAGCAAUGGGAGGUGCAUAGGACUGUUUUCUACCUAGUGACAGACAUCUCCAGCUGUUGUCUCUUAUUAAUAUGUACAGGUCUUAGUUAACACUUGUUUAAUAGUCAAAUCUUGAUCCUGGUAAAUAGACAACCUUCCCAUGAGAGAUUUGCGUAGUCAGACACAUCUGACUUACUGUUACCUCAUUUAUUUCUCCAUGUGAAUUGUCCAACAAAGAUGUCUAAAUAUUUAAGUUUGCAGACACCAUGAUGAACAGUUACUGGGGCUAUACACUCUAAACAGCAAAUAUUUCUAUAAGCUUUCUUUCUUUCAAAGCCAGGACAGGUGUAAUGGUACAUACAUCUCUUGAUCUUUGUGUCUUGCCUUAAUUGUCUCUUUCCAUCUGUAAAGACUUUAAAACAAAAAAAGUUUACUGGUGCAAGAACAGUCUCUAAUAAACAUGGAUUGCUGUAA